AUGCCCGCUUUUUUUCCUUGUCUCUCUCGCAGAGCCGCGAAGCGCGGCGUUUCGAGCAAGUCUUCUGCGUCUUCGCCUGGAGUCAACACCGUUUCUUCCGAUUCGACUGUCCAUCCAGUCAAGCCUCGGGGGGCUUCUCGCUCCUCUCUCCAGUCUUUUCGCCUGUCGUUUAUGUCGCAAAAGCGCGCCAAAACCGACGCCAUGGAGACCCCACCAGACUCAGGACAACCCACACACCCCCAGACACAUAUCGCCUCUCCUUCUUCUCCUUCUUCUCCUUCGCCGUCUUCUUCGUCUUCUUCGUCUCCGCCGGUGGAGGGGCGUCUGCGGAGCGACGCGUCCGCGGGGAGUCUGCCUGCCUGCAUGGCCGGUCUGAGUUCGCAGGUCGCACCGUUCGUCUCCUUUCCUUCUCUGCAGAGACAGCAAACCGAGCAGCUCGUGAAGUCGCUCGACUUCCACGUCUACUUGUGGGGUCUGAACGACAAGGGACAGAUUCUCAAUGGCGCUUUCGGUGUCUCCUCUCCAGCGACGCCCGCUGACAAAGACGCCGACCGAGAGCGGAGAGAGACAGAGAGCGGCCGCGAGAGCGAAGGAACAUGCAGUGUGCCGCUUACAAGCGGUCCGAGCCGCGUGACGAAGCUCCAGCACAAAACGAUUGCUGGGAUGAGCUGCAGCGCAGCCAAUACGUUCAUCUGGGACUUCCAUGACUUGCUUUGGGCGGGAGGAAGCACAGAAAUUGGACUCGAACUCCUCGGCAUGGAUUUAGAUGAAGAAGGAAGAGACGAAGGCGUCGUACCGAGAGCGUCUCUGUGUGAGACUCUUGGAGAUGUAAAAAUGGUCGCAGCGUCCAGGACGCACGCUGUCGCGGUUCUUGAAAACGGAGCCGCCAUUUCGUUCGGCGCCAACGAAUUUGGCCAGCUCGGCCAAGGCCCGGCGUCUGUGCAACUGGGCGUCUCGCGUCCGCGUUUGAUGCGGCUUCAACCUGAGUCUGCGCAGGCGACCUCUGGGCAAGUUUCGUUCACAACCGCGACAUGUGGAGAGAAUUUCUCGGUUCUCCUCAGCUCGACUGGCGUUGUCUUCACCUGUGGCGACGGCAGUCAAGGCUGUCUAGGUCUCAACUCUUCGCCGUCUGCGUCUUCUUCGUCCGCUCCGUCUUCUUCGUCUGCUCCGGCUUCUUCAUCUGCUCCGGCUUCUUCAUCUGCUCCGGCUUCUUCAUCUGCUCCGGCUUCUUCAUCUGCUCCGGCUUCUUCAUCUGCUCCGGCUUCUUCAUCUGCUCCGGCCUCCUCAGGUUCUGCGGCUUCUUCGUGGACCUCCGCUCCAGAGUCUGGCGUCUCUGCGGCGGCGCUCUCGCUCUUGUCUCCUCUGUACGCUGUGCCGGUAAGGCAAGUCGCAGCCGGUGCUCAUCACGUCGUCGCGUUGACGAUCAGCGGCUCCGUGUACACCUGGGGCCGCAACAGGGACGGCCGCUUGGGCUUGGGUCCUUCGUACGCGCAUGUACGCACAGUGGCUGUGCCGACGCGCGUGGAGAGUCUCGGUCGCCUCGGCAGACGAGUGAAGUUCGUCGCUGCAGGAUUCAGUCACUCUGCCGUUCUCCUCACGGGAGGCCGGCUGAUGACCUGCGGGAGCAACUACUACGGGGAGUUGGGCCGGGAGCCUUACUACGACUCGGCUGGUCCCGACAGCGAGAAGAAGCUGCGGCAGCGAAAGGAUUUGCUGCUCUCCAGCUCUACCUUUUUGCCGCUCACGGCGCUCGCGAAACAUCGCGUCAAACUGGUCUCGCUCGGUCAUCACUUCUCUGCAGCUGUCACAGCUUCGGGGAAGUUGUUCUGUUGGGGGCGCAACGACCUCCGACAACUCGGCUUGCCAUCUUCGAGCGCCGGCCUCCUCGUCUCGCCUUCAGUCUCGGACUUUGCGCCAGCGAUAGUCGCACAGGCGGCUUCUGAACAGCCUGAGAGAAAAAGCGCCGUUGCUGCGAGAGAGUCAACUGCUUUCGCGCCGCCUGGAGAAGGCGCUGCGGAGGCGGUCACCGCUGCGUCGCGGGUGGACGGGGAGACAGAACAUAUGGAAGCGAGCAAGAACGCCGCAGAUGCUGCGCGCUGCGAAACUGCCGGGGAUGCUGCGAUUCUCCACCCGCCUUUGCCAUACUCGGCGACGCCCGUAGAGGUGCCUGUCGAGAACGGCGAGUUGUUUUUCUACUUCGUUGCAUGCGGCGACUGCCACUGUGGAGCUGCUGCAGUGCCAGCGAGUGUGGCGGCGGCAGGCCACCGCGGCCGCGACGAGCUUCGCGCGAGUGCUGUCGCAGAUCUUCAGCCAUUUUUCAAGUCGAUCUUUUGUCGAUCGCAGUCGCUGAUUGGCUGCGACUUCCCUCGACAUUCGAUCUCGCGCGGUCUCUCAGGGCUGUCCCAUGGCGCGAGCCUCCCGCAAGUGUCUCUGUCGAGGAAGGAGUCGCUGCCGACGCCUGUUUCUGCGGCGCUGCUCUCGGGGGCCGCGAGCCUCGCGUCUGUCUCCUUUGAAGAGUCUGCGCCUGGCGCUUCGUCCUCGUACCUCGCGGGCGUCUCUGUGGAAGAGAUGUUGAUGUUGAUCGAAGGCGCGCAGAGCACAGGCGACGACAGUCUGCUGAGGUCGAAACUCGCCCUCGUAUUCUCUGACGUCUACCGCCUCAACUCCUCGUUCGUCUUCCCCGGGCGCGGCUGCCAUCCCGACUUUGCUGGACUCGACGAGGUGUACGUCCACCUGCCGGAGGCGCUGCUGCCUGUCGUGGCUGCGAGUCUGAUGACUUGCCUGGCCGGGAGUGUGAAGUUCGCCAGACACUUGAAGACGGCAGACGCCGUCCGCUUCCUCCUCUUCGGACUCGCCUGCUUCCGGCUGUACGGACAGGGCCUCGAGGAGAUGGCCGUCGACGAAGUCGACCUGAGUUCUCUCUCCCACAGUGCAGAUCGGCGAGACCGGUCGCCGAGCCUCCCGCGAGGAGCUUCUGCUCUCUUUUGCGCGAGUUCUCAAGAGAUGCCCGAGUCGACGAUGACGGCAGGUGCCUGGCAGCCGGCAGAGGGUGGGGCGGCCCAGGCGACAACGGAGAAGCAGGCAGAGGAGAAGGCGCAGACGGGGAUGAUGAACGACGCGCAUGGCGAAGCCGUCUUCGCUGCUGUCGCCCACCUUCUUUUCCACCUGCCGCCAGAAGGAAAGAUGGAGUUUGUGAAGCUGGCUGCGGAGUUCCCAGACAACCUCUUUGAACAGCGCCUCGUGCGAAUGACGAAAUGGUUCAUCACAAAGACACUCCGUCAGGCGCGCUCGGCGUAUCGAAACGUCGACCGGCUGUGGCAUGCAGUCGCGCUCCUCGAGCUCCUUUACCUUGCCAACUUGCGACCUUCGUCUCCCCGCGCGCUUCUUCUCUCGUGCACUGCGGCGCCGGUGGAUUCGGCCGAGACUGCGCGAGACGCCUGCACGGCCCGGCCGCGUUCGUCCUCGUCAGGCUUCUCUUCAGACUCCGAGACGCCGAGAGAGGUGAAAAUCCCCGUAGAGAAGUUCCACCUCGCGGCCGUCGCACAGCUCGUCGACCCUAUUCGCGAGGUCGCCCUGUAUGCGGAUUUGAUUCAGCGCGGCCAGGCGUUCGCAGAGACACCCGAGCGCCGCGCGACGGCCGCGGAGCAGACCGACAGCUCGGACGCACAGCCGGCAAACGCGCGGGAGGGAGAAAAGCGCGACGAGACCGAAGAGAGUCCAGAGACAACUCCGCAGGCCGGCGACAGAAAGGAAAAGAUGCCGACGCGCAACACUCCACUUUCCGGACAAAGAAGAAAACGCGAAGUCUGGUCCACGUUCGACGUUUUCAGGGACGUCGUACACAGCACCGAACUGCAGAGUCGCUGGUGUUUCUUCAUGGCGCAUAUGCAGCUUUGUUCCCUCGAAUUCAAACGCAACGUGAUUUUGGUGGAUAACAUCUACAAGCAACACCACACAGGACUGCAGUCUUUGUUGGAGGCUCAACUUCCUUUUCUGCUGCUCCGCGUCCACCGAGGAGCUCUGCUGGACGACGCUGUUGCUGCCCUUCAACAAGCGAACCCCCAGCAGCUGCUGCGGCCUCUGAAAAUUGUUUUCGAAGGAGAAGAAGGAGUUGACGAGGGCGGCCUGAAACGCGAGUUUUUCUCGUUGUUAACACCGGAGCUCUUGUCCCCCGAACGGGGACUCUUCACCUACAACGCUGCUGCGAGGACUUACUGGUUUUCCAGUCUUUCUCAAGAGGACAUCAAGAAGAAGGAAAAGUAUUACUGGCUGAUCGGAGCUCUCGCCUCGAUGGCGAUCUACAACGACAUGAUCAUGCCGCUCGCGUUUCCACUCGUUCUCUACAAUCGCCUGCAGGGGCGUUCCGUUUCCCUCGAGGACCUGGGGGAUGUCUUUCCUGAAGAAAUGAACAGCUUCGAGAAAAUGCUGACGAUGGACAAGAGAGACGAAUUCGAAGCGGCAUUUAGCACGCAGACAUUCUCUGUAGACAUCGUACGCGAUGGCAAAGUUGUUGGAGAGGCGCCGCUGAUAGAGGGCGGAGAAAACAUCCCCGUCACCAUGGAAAAUCGGGACCUCUUUGUCUCAAAGUACACGCAGUAUCUCCUCGUUGACUCGGUCAAACAACAAUACGACGCAUUUGAAAGAGGAUUUCUUCUUUGUUCGUCCCCACUCACCUCCCAACUUAGUGGCCUCGAACUGCAGCUUCUCAUUUGCGGGACUCCUGAACUCGACUUUCGUCAGCUUCGCGAUUCAGCUAAAGUGGAGGGAUUCGAUGCAGAUGAUCCGUACAUUGAGUCCUUCUGGAAAAUCCUGUCGUCCUUCGAUAUUUUCCAAAAACAGAAAUUCCUGAAAUUCGUCACAGGAAGCGAUCGCGCGCCAGCUUUCGGAUUGAAGGAGAUUCGAAUGUCUGUACAGAAGAACGGCGUGGAGCCGACGGAGCGUCUUCCUACAGCUUACACAUGCUUCAGCGUUCUUCUGCUACCUCGCUAUGCCUCGUGUGAAAAACUGCAGCGUCUCCUGCUGAGAGCCAUCGACGAAAGCGAGGGAUUUGGGCUUCAGUGAAGCGACCUGGAAAGGCAGGAAAGCGGGGGGUGAGAAGCGACCUGCAUGUGACGGAGACGAAAGCGAGAAAGAGAGCAUCGCACGAGAGAGAGGCGAACAGGAUGCAUACCCUCGACAACAUGAAGCCAGCAGGAAGGAAAACCGCAGAUGGAUGGAGAAUGGAGAAAGGUGGAAGAGGCGACCGAAAAC